CCCAUAUAUAUAGAUUAUAUCUCUCUUCUAACCAAACUCUUUAAUUUCUCUCUUUAUAUUUCACACCCUUUGAUUUCACAUAAUACCAUGAAGGCCACAAUGCCAAAUGACAGGCAAUUGAUCAUCCUCGCCUCUAUCUUCUUCAUUCUUUUCCUCUGCAUCUUAGCCUCAACCAAAGUCAAAGAAAUCCGAUUCGAAAGUUUGCUGAAGUAUGGUGGAUUUGCUCUCUCAAAAGCACAAUUCCAUUCACACAACUCAUCUUUACCCAAUUCUCUCGGAGAAAAUUCGUCGUCGUCGGACGACAUCCGAAUCCUCCUCGGAAUUCUAACCCUUCCUGAACAAUACGAUCGCCGCCACUUUCUCCGCCUCAUCUACGGCACGCAAUCUCCGGUGGGCGCGAAAGUCGAAGUCAAGUUCGUCUUUUGCAAUCUAACCACAAAAGAUCAGAAAUAUUUAGUUGCGCUAGAAAUAAUGCGCUACGACGACAUUAUGAUACUCAACUGCAAAGAGAACAUGAACGAAGGCAAGACUUACACUUACUUCUCGAGUUUGCCAGAGAUGCUGAACGAGGAAAACAAACCAUACCCCCCUUACCACUACGUGCUCAAAUCAGACGACGACACGUACUUUAGGUUGGCAAACCUAGUGGAGUCAUUGAGGGUGCUGCCGAGAGAAGACUUGUACUAUGGUUUUGUGAUUCCAUGCGAAAGCAUGGACCCUUUUAACCAAUACAUGUCUGGAAUGGGAUAUUUGGUUUCUUGGGACAUAGUUGAGUGGAUUCGGGUUUCGGACAUUCCCAAGAGUCGCCUGGAAGGCCCCGAAGACAUGGUUCUCGGCACGUGGCUUCGCGAUGGCCAUCGGGCGAAGAACAGGUUCAAUGCAAAAUGGUCAAUGUACGAUUUUCCGGAGCCGGCCACACAGUGCACGCACGAGCUCUGGCCAGAUACGGUGGCGGUUCACCAGUUGAAGUAUCUGGACAGGUGGUUUCGUACCUUGGAUUACUUUAAUGUCACGAAGGCUUUGAAGCCUUCCAAACUCUAUCAUAUCCCUUAGUUACACUAUCUUGACCUUGUGUAGCCGACCCUAACUCUCUCCCCCUCUCUGUUAACCCUUUUAAUUGGAUAUUGACAAGUGCUUGAUCUAACAAUUCAAUUUUUCAAAAUUUAAUUGCCUAGCUAGGGUGAACACCAUUAUUCUCUUAGGAGUCUCUUCAAAAAAGUAAUAUCCUAGCAAUUUAUCACCAUUUAUUGCUAACUACAUAAUUGUUUUGGUAACCUGGAGAAACAUGCCAGUGCCAAGCUGAUUUACGUAUCAAUUUUGUUCUUUCAAGUAACCUAUGACCAACGACUUUUUUCCAUUAACCAGCAUUACUUUUUUUUCCGCUGUAAUGUGAACUUGACCGGGGCCUCGGGGCUCUCUCUAGAAAUUUCCAAACUCGCCAACAGCCCUUCUCUUCCUUCCCCUCCCCCCUUUCUCAGGCGGCGGGAGAGGAGGGAUCCUUCCCCUUUGAUCUCUCUCCCUCUAUUCUCUUCUCUCCACCGUCGAACUGUCUUCUCUCUCAAUCCCGCCACUGAAGUACGGACGUCCAUUGGGAAAUUUUUAGCCAAAUUAUUUUUUGGCGACGUUUCGAGGCUUCGGUUUCAGUGAUUGUGGGUAAAAUGUUGUCCACCACCGUUCUUAGCCUCCACCUUCUUAGAUCUGUGACCUAACGCCGUCUACCGCGUUUGCUAGUCAACCACCUCCCAAUGAUGUGAUCCUAUUUUGUGAAGCAGUGGUCGUGGUUACAAGUCUAUCAAGGUGGUUGCGAAAGAAUGACGGUGGAUGUCUCGGUGGUGCUUCUUUUAUUUUCUUAUUUGUUUUAAUAAUGUCCUCAUUUGGGGGGUUUCUUCUCAUUCUGUAGGGCGCUUAUACGCUCUUUAUGUUGGAGUGUCUGAUUUGUGGACUCCCAACCUUCUCCUAUGGGAAUCUUUUGAUAAAUGCUACCUCUCAACUUUUGGCAAAAAAAAAAAAAAAUGGAAAAACAUAUUUGGGAAA